AUGGCGGCCCCCUCAGGUCUCACAAUUGUGAUCAAAUUAGGAACGAGCUCCAUUGUUGACGAGAAGACUCACGAGCCUAUACUCUCGAUCCUGACAUUGAUUGUGGAAACGGUUGCCAAGCUUCACAGAGAUGGACACCGCGUUGUACUCGUCUCCUCCGGAGCUGUUGGAGUCGGGUUGCGCCGAAUGGAUGUGGACGAAAGGCCAACCUACCUGCCACGGAUACAGGCUCUCGCUGCCGUGGGUCAGUGUCGACUGAUGAGUCUUUGGGACAACCUCUUCUCUCAUCUUCGCGUCCCAGUCGCCCAGAUCCUCUUGACAAGAAACGAUAUUGCCGAUAGAACCCAAUAUGUCAAUGCCCAAAAUACCUUUGGACAGCUGUUCGACAUGGGUGUUAUUCCUAUUGUUAACGAGAAUGAUACCCUGGCCGUUUCUGAAAUUAAAUUUGGCGACAAUGAUACCCUUUCUGCGAUCACAGCGGCUAUGGUCAAGGCCGACUAUCUUUUCCUGAUGACCGAUGUCGACUGUCUGUACACUGCAAACCCCCGCACCAAUCCCAACGCGAAGCCAAUCGAGGUCGUGACCGAUAUCUCCUCCAUCGAGGCCGAUGUCUCGUCUUCAGGAUCCUCCCUCGGCACCGGAGGCAUGAGUACCAAAAUCGUAGCUGCAAAGCUCGGAACCAGUGCAGGUGUGACUACCAUCAUCACCAAAAGCUCAAAACCAGGGAAUGUCCACGAUAUUGUGAAAUAUCUACAAUACAUCGAGGGCCAGGCAAGUGGUUCUGCACUUGACGACGAUGCCGAUACUCCGACUGCACCUCUCCAUACUCGCUUCCUUCGCUCCCAAACCCCCAUCCAAUCACGCACUUUCUGGCUUCUCCACGGACUCUAUCCUCAUGGCACCCUGUACAUCGAUCACGGAGCUUACAGUGCCCUUCUGAACAAUGCCAACCUCCUGCCAGCUGGAGUUGUCGGAGUUGAAGGCCACUUUGGACAGCAAGAAGCCGUCCGACUCGUUGUUGUCGAGCGGCCUCCCCGAGACGCCUUGAAUGGCGAUUUUAUCCACCACAGUGACGAACCGAGGGAGGUUGGGCGAGCGCUGGUGAACUACGGUAGUCUUGAAAUUACGCAUAUCAAGGGCCACCGCAGCUCACAGAUUGAAGCCCUACUUGGAUAUGCUGAUAGCGACUGUGUGGCUAUGCGAGAGAACAUCUCUUUCCACCCGGAGGAGCACAGCCCCGGCCAUACCGUGACGCCCUCAUUAACGCCCGCCUUGGAAGCUUGGAAGAAUCCUUGA